AUGUUUAAAGCAGCAGUACUGCUUUCUCAGCAAUAUAAUAUUACAAUUCAAGGACAAUUCAUUGGAUGGCAAGCAGCAGAAACCGGUGGCGAUAUAAUAAGUGCUCUUAGCUCUACGUGCCUAAUAAUGUCUACUUCAAAUAUCGUCGGCAUUGUGGGUCCGGCAUUCUCAAGAGAAGCUGCCGUUAUCGCUCCAUUUGCCAAAACAGUUGGUAUUCCUGUAAUAUCUUAUGCUGCAACCGAUCCUGAUUUAUCUGAUCGAAAUUCAUUUCCUGCCUUUUAUCGCACAGCUCCUUCGGAUACCAUAGCUGCAUCGGCAAUUGUAAAACUGUUCAGUCGGUUUAAUUGGACAUCAUGCAUAAUUAUCUAUCAAAAUGAUGAAUAUGGAACAGGUGGCUCGAAAGCAAUAAGUGAGGCAUUUAAUACUAAUGGACUGGUAGUCAUGAGGACAUUGGUGUUUGAUAUCGCAACAGGCAAUAUUCGAGGUGACUUAGCCAAGACUUUAACCAGUAGUUCAACGCGAAUUGUUGUGUUAUGGACAGAAGAAAAGUAUACAUUAGUAACCUUACAAUAUGCCCUCGAUUAUGAUGUGCUUGGUCCACAGUUCGUAUGGAUUACAAGAUCAAGCGUUUCGCUGAGCACUUUUAACCAAACAUUGCAGUCAAAGUUAAUUGGAAUGCUUAGUAUAGAGCCGGUAGUAGGAGAUGUUAUCAAUAAACUAGUAAAUGUUACAUUGUUAGAAGCAGCAUAUAAGAUUUGGCAGCAGUAUGAGAACGAGUCAUUCCCUGGAUCGACGAACGUGGAUCCUUAUGCACUGUUUGCAUUUGAUGCAACUUGGUCUUUGAUCCAAUCAUUGCAACAACUUUGUUUAACAACUACUAACAGUUCUUCCUCAUGCAUAUCAAUACUAAACAGUUCAUUUUGUUUUGAUCGUC